GUCUCCUCCCCUUUGCCUCCACCCACCUCCACCUUCAUGCGAGCUCCUCUCCGUCGGCCUGAAUUGUGAUCACAGCACGUGCGCGGUGAGCACGUCCCCCUCUGAGGCUCCACAGGUGGUCACAGACGCUCAUUCCUACCCGAGCAAACCAGAGGAACCACCACCGUCCCCCAAGGCGCUUCGGCACAUUAUCUAAAGUUGGAGAUCCAUUGACAGACAAAUCCAGCGCUGUCGGACGAAUUAGUAACGGGAGUUUUCGGAUACCAUCACCGGGCAGGCCUUUGAGCGUACGAUAUUGGGUUUGAGCUGAAUUGUCGCUGCUUUGACCGGUGGCUCUGAGCGUUGUGGUACUGCAGGUGUCUGCUCGCUACUGUUACCCCCUUGGUAAGAUUUAGACGGAGGGCGUACGGAUCGUCUAGGCGGAUGGCGCUGACGGUUAGCCUGAUGGGACCGUCUCCGUGGGGCUUCAGGAUCUACGGGGGCAGGGACUUUAAGAAGGCCAUCACAGUAUCCAAGGUCAACGGGGGCAGCAAGGCGGAGCAGGCGGCCCUUCAGCCCGGCGACAUCAUCCUGGAGAUCAACGGGCAGAAUACGGCGGACAUGCUGAACGUGGAGGCCCAGAACAAGAUCAAGAACUCCAAGACCCAGCUGCAGCUGGUGGUGGAGAGACCCGUUCCCGAACAGACCAAUGGCGGCCCAGGCUCAGAAGAUCUGACCAGCCCCUUCCAGACUAAGGAGGCAUUUCUGGUGAGCCGAGAUGAGAAUCAGAACUACAGGGACUACAGCAUCUCCAGCCCCGCCUCCCUUUCUCCUGGGCCCUACUCCCCCGAGCCCCCCGCCAGCCCCGACGCCAAGCGGACCCCCAGCAGUGCCAAGAGUAUACAUCUGCGCCCAUGGUCUCCAGAGGACAGGAGUCAAGUAUUUGCCAGACCGCUCUCACAGGACUUCGUCUCGGUGGACUACAGGAGUAACUCAGUCUCCAGCAGGACCCCCACUCCACCUGGACGCUACUCUCCACACAGUCCCAUGGACCAGGAUCUGCCCCUGUCACCCCGACGCAGCAGCUCCAGCUCCGACUUCGGCAUGCAGAAGUUUGACAAGGAGUCUGAGGUGUACAAGAUGAUCCAGGAGAACAAGGAGUCGCGCACGGCCCCGCGCCAGUCCAACACCUUCCGCAUGCUGCAGGAGGUCCUGGAGGCCGACGAGAAAGAGGCGGCGCUGAGGUUCCCUGGAAACCUGUCCGCCAACCCUCCGAAGCAGAGCCCCCCGGUGGGAGGUGUGAGCAAACACCACAGCUGUGAGAAGUGUGGCGGCAGCAUUGUCACGCAGGCGGUGCGCAUCGGCGACGACCGCUACCGCCACCACGACUGCUACUCCUGCACCGAGUGCGGCCUGAACCUCCGCAUGAGGGGCCACUUCUGGGCCGGCGAGGAGAUGUUCUGCGAGAAGCACGCCCGGGAGAGGUACCAGGGCCCGGCCACGUCCCCCGGGACCACCGUCUCCCCGCAGCAUUGAGAGGAGUGCCACUUCCUCCGACUCCACUACGCCCUGGCGGUCCCGCCUCCUCUCCAGGCUGUGGGGUAACAGACCCUGGGACUGGGGGAGGCGGGAGGGACACCUCCUCCUCCUCCUCCUCCUCCUCUUCCACCCGCCACUGGGUCCACCGUGUGUCUUCAACCUGUUCUGCCGUGACCCUGUCAGUCUUGACUUCCUGCCUGUCCUCAGAAUCGUACGAGAUUCUCCCGCCUGCGCGACCUGCCCCCCAAGUCGUCUCAAACGGUGUACAUCAUGGGGUAGAUAGAUAUAUUUUUUGACUAAUGAUGCACGGAUGUCUCUAUUGUAAGAUACGUCCUAUUACUAUACUCCAGCCACAUCUUGGACACCAAGCGGGACUGGUUCCUUGACGCUGUAAGAAUCUGAAUUGAUGAGAAAAUAAUCCAUUCUGAACCCCCUGCCCAUAUUUAAAAGGGACCAAAAAUGUGUAAAGUGAAAACUCCAUGCCAUUUAGAAAAGCUGGUGUGUGUGUGUGUGUGUGUGUGUGUGUGUGUGUGUGUGUGUGUGUGUGUGUGUGUGUGUGUGUGUGUGUGUGUGUGUGUGUGUGUGUGUGUGUGUGUGUGCACUGGUGUCUGCAUGCCUUUCAUUGCAUUUGGGAUUAUAUGCAUAAGAGUGCAUGGAAAUAUAAAUUUAUUUUUGUGUAAGAGGCUGAUAGACUUGUGAGAUCAGAUAAACUCAUGAAUUUGAGGUGCCUGCAUUGUUCAUAUCUUCUACUUCAUUGCAACAAAAAUAAUUUCUGUAAUCGCUUUGGUUUAUUGUACAUUUUCUUUUGUUAUGAAAAAAAAAUGAAAUAUUACUUAUUUGCAAAUACAUUGUGAGAUAUUUACACGGGACUAUGGAAUUAUGCAAUAUACAUAUUUUGAAUGUUUCUUAGAUUUCAUUGAACACUCCAUUAUAAACCAUUUCAAUCUAUAAUGUAUGCAGAAGGAUGGACUAUUAGAGAGGUGACUGCCUAUGUUAUGCUGUCUUGUUAAUGGCAAUACUCAGCUGUUUCCAACCAUAUCACACUUAAUAAAAUCACUCAGCACAAAGCGUGUUUCAUGAAAA